AAUUCUUGAAGCUGAAUCUGAAGUGGAAAACCAAGAGAAAAUGGCCCACUACCAUAACAACUAUAAAAAGAAUGAUGAGGUGGAGUUUGUCCAAACUGGCUAUGGGAAGGAUAUGAUAAAAGUUCUCCGUAUUCAGAGAGAUGGAAAAUAUCACAGCAUUAAAGAGGUGGCAACUUCAGUGCAACUUACUCUGAGUUCCAAAAAAGAUUACCUGCAUGGAGACAAUUCAGAUAUCAUCCCUACAGACACUAUCAAGAACACAGUUCAUGUCUUGGCAAAGUUUAAAGGAAUUGAAAGCAUAGAAGCCUUUGCUGUGAAUAUUUGUGAGCAUUUUCUUUCUUCUUUUAACCAUGUCAUCCGAACUCAAGUCUAUGUGGAAGAAAUCCCUUGGAAGCGGCUUGAAAAGAAUGGAGUUAAGCAUGUCCAUGCAUUUAUUCACACUCCCACUGGAGCACACUUCUGUGAGGUUGAACAGCUGAGAAGUGGACCCCCAGUUAUUCAUUCUGGAAUCAAAGACCUCAAGGUCUUGAAAACAACCCAGUCUGGAUUCGAAGGUUUCAUCAAGGACCAGUUCACCACCCUCCCCGAGGUGAAGGACCGAUGCUUCGCCACUCAAGUGUACUGCAAGUGGCGCUACCGCCAGUGCAGGGAUGUGGACUUCGAGGCUACCUGGGGCACCAUUCGGAACCUUAUCCUAGAGAAAUUUGCUGGGCCCUAUGACAAAGGCGAGUACUCACCCUCUGUGCAGAAGACCCUCUAUGAUAUCCAGGUGCUCUCCCUGAGUCGAGUUCCUGAGAUAGACGAUAUGGAGAUCAGCCUGCCAAACAUUCACUACUUCAACAUAGAUAUGUCCAAAAUGGGUCUGAUCAACAAGGAAGAGGACCACAUAGAAAAGCCAUCAUUGGCCUCUAGGUCAGGCAAGAGAUGGGAGGUGUUGAGAGCAGCAAACCCUGCAAGAUGCUGGAGGCCAUUCACAAGCGAGUGCCUGCGUGGAAAUUAACGUGGGAUAAGAACAAUGAAAUCAUUUGAUGAGGAAAGUGUUGUGCUAUACUGAAUACUCAUGUCACAAAAUGUGCUUCUACAUCAUGUAACUUACCUGGCCAAAUGACUGUACAUUUUAUUCCUCUGCGAAUUUGUUAAUUCUGUUCCAAGAGGAAAGAGACUAACAUGACUUUUCAAAAACAAAAAACAAAACAAAACAAAAACCCCAACUUAAUUAGACCUUUCUUACUUGAUGUUCUCAUAUUCUUGUACGUUUUAGGAACACUGGCUUUGCUUCAGAGAAACCCAUGUUAGAGCGGCAUCUUUAGACAGAAAUUGUGGCCCAUUUGUAUAUAGGUGCAUUUUGCUUCUCCUGAGCUCUUAGCACAUUUAGUGCAAUAGAUUGCAAAUGAGGUAUUGGAUAUUAUAUCCCAGGUAUGUGGCAGGAAAGCCUGUAGCAUUUGAAAUUUUCAAGGAGCAAGUUCCUGUGUUGUGAAGGAUGUUUCCCUGUUAGAAUUGUGAAUGAUGGUGCUGAAAACCAGGUUUGGGUUUCACCUGUUCCUUUCAGUUUGGCAGACGGGCAGGCAGACUUGAACUGUAAACACCUGUGAGGUAAUUUGUUUUAAAAAACACUUCAUAAUUUUGCUAGGAAGGCUCCAGGGG